AUGCCGUCCUCGCUGACAGCGUGCGACAACGAAGAAGUCGAGGGGGAAGAAGGCACCAGCUGCAUGGCAAUCCUCAACAGCAGCAGUAAAAUGAACCCAAUGACGAAGGAAAAAAAAAAGACUUCGCAGACCGCUGUGGUUUCCCACGCCCUCCUUACCGCGAGCACACACGCACGCACACGCGUGCACGCGCACCGAUCCAAGCCAAGAGUGUUGUAUCGGUGGCAAUGGCGGGGUGUGGCCGGGGGCGUGGGUGUUGUGACUGCGGCUGUCUUGCCUGUUUGUCGCGGCGGGGGAUUGGCGCUGGGUAGGAGGGAGCUUUGCGUCUGCGGCAGCGCCAUGUGGGGGGUGCGCGUGGGCUCGGCAAGCCGCACCCGCCGUCGGUAG